GGAUCUUAGAUAUGUUGUUUCGUAUGCUAGUGAGUGAAGACUUUGAUAAGGAGGUGUCUCCUAGUGCUCUGAGCACAACCCCUGGUUUCGAAGGACCAGCUGCCACCAUGUGGGGCGCUUUCCAUCCGCAAAUGCAUUAGUAUUUAACGGGCAUUCCUUGUGGCGGUGUCUGCAGUGCUUCUCUGGCAGUGGCCUAUUUCUUUUUUUCCUAUCCAUGAGGUCUGACGUCCAAAGAGGACAUCCCUCCCAUAAUGGACCCUUGUGACAAACCGUGACAUUUUACUGUGGGCCUAAGUAAUAAAUGUCCAGUGAGAGAAGGCCCUUGGGUUGGAUCAACACCGCUUUUGCAAAAGGUUAAGCACUCGCCGCCUCCACCUUCGUCUCAAACCCCCUUUUCCAUGGAGUUGCUUUCAUUUUUUUUCCUUCGGCAAAUCAGCGUCGCUUUGGUUACCCAGACCUCCUUUGCGCUAAGUGCUGCUGUCCGACGUGCUGAAUCGAUGGCUCACGGUGCACGAGCCCGCCCUGCAUCUUUCGGAACAAUAGCCUGCUGUGAGCCAUACGGUGGCCAUUAUCUUUGGGUGCCUGCCGCGGAAUGAACGUCAGGGGAUCGGCUUAUUUGCUUUCUUUUUUCCUUAUAAGAGAGGAAUGUUUGAUAAAAUAAAUCAUCGUUUGAUUUGUAUAAGUAGGGCUCAGUAUUGCGAGAGUACACUUGCUACAUGGCAUAUGCUAGCGAGAACCUGUCCUAACACACAUCACGCAGGUGGUAGGAUUCUAUCUUGGUGUUAAGCUCCAGGUUGGGUGCGAGGGCACCCUGAAAUUAUGAAUACACAGGUUUGUGUAGCGGAAGACUACCUUUGACACACACAAAAGCAUUAUAUGUAAUUAUAUGUACAGUACUUGGGAUAGGGCUCCAAGUGCUCAGACAUUUCUCCUGUACAGCAAAGUGUAUUCAGAUGGGCAGGCUACAAAUCAUAAAAUUAAUAUUAUUGUUGUUGUUGUCUUGCCUCAGUUCUGCAGACCUCCCAGUGAAGGUGGUAACUUCGUUUCCACGAAGGAGUCUUUCAGAAAGGAGAUAUGGCUGACACCUUUACACAGUGUUGCUGUUUGGCCUCUGGUAGAAAUCUUUCACGCCCAUAGCACGCGUGCGCGUGUGUGUGUGUCCCCACAACAUUGUGUAUUUUCCCUUAGACAGGCGCUUGUUUCUUCAUCUGGUUAGUUGCUUUCUAGCGCUCGAGAUAAAACGUCCUUCAUGUAUUGGCAGAAAGUGGAAUAUUUAAAAACAUUUAUUAAAGCUCCGGAUGCUAUUGGGGGACACAGGCUUCUCUUCUCCCCUUCAAUUUUAUUUUUUAGCGAAUGGGUGCAGUAAAGAAACUGAGUUUGAUAUGCGUGAGUGUGUUGCUAAAUCGGAGUCCUCUAACAACAAAGCGGCUUUGUAAACGGACUAGAUGCAGAGCAAUCCCGUCUUUGAUUCCUUGGUGCCCCCCAGUGGACAAUUCCAAAAUAAUUAUUCAAGCUUUGGAUUCCCGCCCCCUUCGUAGACGGCAAUAAAUGGACGGUGGGCUUUAUAAAAAUUCUCUAAGCUCCUCCAAAUGAAUUGAGAAGGGACGACACCCCCAAUCCUUCUUUUUAAGACGAUUGCUCAACAGUACGACCAACAUGUUCCGAGCGCUAAUAAGGUUGCUAUCAGAGAGAAGCGACCAUCAACCCAAAUUAGGAUUGAGCAGGUGGCUUUUAAAGAGCGAACUUUUAUAAAGAAGUCUCGUUGGAGAGAGGAUGGCAAUACUCCCUCGUGGAAUUAGGAAUGCAAGGCUCUGUGUAGCGUGGCGUGGUCUGAUCUGGACCUGUGAAGAUCACGCGAACACCUUGGUCUGAACAGGCAAGCAGCCUCUCUUUCCAGCAAUCGGAGUGCGGUAAGUAUGCGCACAGAAUCCCUUCUCGGGUCAGCCGUGAUCUGGAUUCAGAAUCAAGGUGCAAAACCACACGCGCUCCUUCCCCGCCGCUCUUCCUUGGGGGAACCGCCUGCACACCUGCGAGUGAAUCACGCUUGCUUGGGAAGGCGCAACGCUUGGAGGCGCGUGAUUCCUCUCCGUCUCUCUCUCUUGCACCCCCCCUCCCUCUCUCGCCGCCUUAGUCAACACCCGCACUCCUGCCCUCCCAAACUCCAGCUCUUUGGCUUCCCAUCUUGGUGAAAACGAGUUGGAGGAGCUGGAAGAGCAGUGACUCAUGCCUGCGUCGCAACAGAUCAGAUUUUUUUUGAAAAAAGGCGAAUCUCAAGUAUUGGUGGGGCGCUAAGGUCAUCUCGAAUUAAAUGCCAGUGAAGCCAUUGAUAUUCCGACGUCGUUCGUGGCGGAGUUUAUAAACGGCGAAGUCCUUCCAAAACGGAAGAUUUCUCUAUCCUCCGCCGUUUGGGUUCCUGGAGUUGGAGCCUGGGUUGUAAAUCAUUCUGCUGGGAUCCGAGGAAGGCUAACGCCAAGAAGAAGAAGCAGCCCGGGAUCCAAGGGCUUUGCCUCAGCACCUCAUGGCGACCUCGGACCCGUCGUCCUCGUCCAACACGGCUCCGGAUCCCAAUCCGAGCAACUUGCGACCCACAACUUAUGACACCUGGUGUGGUGUGGCUCAUGGCUGCACGAAGAAAAUCGGGCUGAAGAUAUGUGGGUUCUUGCAAAGGAACAACAGCCUGGAAGACAAGAGCCGGCUGGUGAGCGCGCUCAAGGAAAGGCAAUCUUCCAAAAACCUGGUGGCCUGCGAGAACAGCGAGAAGGAAACCCGGUUCCGGAGGACCGAGACGGACUUCUCCAACCUCUACGCCAGGGAUUUGCUUCCAGCUAAGAAUGGUGAGGAGCAGACCGUGCAGUUCCUCCUGGAGGUGGUGGACAUUCUCCUGACAUACGUGAGGAAGACCUUUGACAGGUCCACCAAAGUCCUGGACUUCCACCACCCGCACCAGCUCCUGGAGGGCAUGGAAGGCUUCAACCUUGAGCUCUCUGACAACCCAGAGUCACUCGAGCAGAUCCUGGUGGACUGCAGGGACACAUUGAAAUACGGAGUCAGGACAGGUCACCCACGCUUUUUCAACCAGCUUUCUACAGGGCUUGAUAUCAUUGGCUUGGCUGGAGAGUGGCUGACGUCUACUGCUAAUACAAACAUGUUUACAUACGAAAUUGCACCUGUCUUUGUCCUCAUGGAACAAAUCACGCUUCGAAAAAUGAGAGAGAUUAUCGGAUGGUCAAAUAAAGAUGGAGAUGGAAUAUUCUCACCGGGUGGUGCUAUAUCCAAUAUGUAUAGCAUCAUGGCUGCCCGCUACAAAUAUUUCCCAGAAGUCAAAACCAAAGGCAUGGCUGCAGUGCCUAAACUGGUCCUCUUUACCUCAGAACAUAGUCACUACUCAAUAAAGAAAGCUGGAGCUGCGCUUGGUUUUGGAACAGAAAAUGUGAUUUUAAUAAAGUGCAACGAAAGAGGCAAAAUAAUACCAGCUGAUUUGGAAGCCAAAAUUCUGGAAGCCAAACAAAAGGGGUAUGUUCCCCUUUAUGUGAACGCAACGGCUGGCACAACAGUGUAUGGGGCCUUUGACCCAAUUCAGGAGAUGGCGGACAUUUGCGAUAAAUACAACCUUUGGCUCCAUGUGGACGCUGCCUGGGGAGGUGGAUUGCUAAUGUCCAGGAAGCAUCGUCAUAAGCUGAGUGGCAUAGAAAGAGCCAACUCCGUCACAUGGAACCCACACAAGAUGAUGGGAGUCUUAUUACAAUGUUCUGCCAUUCUUCUUCGGGAAAAGGGCAUACUUCAAGGUUGCAACCAGAUGUGUGCAGGAUAUCUGUUCCAACAAGACAAGCAAUACGAUAUAACCUACGACACUGGGGAUAAAGCAAUACAGUGUGGCCGCCAUGUGGACAUAUUCAAAUUCUGGUUGAUGUGGAAAGCCAAGGGUACAGUGGGAUUCGAAAGUCAGAUCAACAAAUGUCUUGAAUUAGCAGAAUACCUCUAUAAUAAAAUUAAGGACAGAGAGGAGUUUGAGAUGGUUUUCGAAGGAGAGCCUGAACACACAAAUGUUUGUUUCUGGUACAUUCCACCAAGUCUCAGAGGGAUCCCGGACUCAGAGGAGAGGAGAGAAAAGCUACAUAGGGUCGCACCCAAAAUCAAGGCGCUGAUGAUGGAGUCAGGUACUACGAUGGUUGGAUAUCAGCCACAGGGAGAUAAAGCAAACUUCUUCCGAAUGGUUGUCUCAAACCCUGCGGCUACCAAGUCUGACAUUGACUUCCUCAUUGAGGAAAUAGAAAGACUGGGGCAAGAUCUGUAAUCCACUCAAAUGACCCGUUUUACUUCUCUAACAGCACUAUUUUCCAGUACUGGCUUCUUCUGGUUUUGGUUUGUUUGGGGGUUUUUUUGUAACCACUUCUGUAGAACACAUUUUAAGGUAAUCCCUUUCUAAACAAUGACAAAACCCCCUGUAUAUUAUGAAACAUAUAUGUUGUACCGGUAUUAGUAGGUUAUUUUACCAAAAGGGGGAAAUAUAUUAUCUUAAACUGCAUUGUCCGCCCUUAUUUAAAAGCCUGGCAAAUCUAGUUAGCAGGAAGCUAAUUGUAUUAAGGUAGAUAAUUAAGAACUCUGCACAACAGAUGUGUACAGUAAUAUAUAUAUAAUAUAAAUAAAUGAAUAUAUAUAUAUAUAUUAUAAAUAAAGUGGUGGUGAGCCUAAGAGUAAUUCACAGUAUAUUUUCCAGUGCAGAGGUGUUCUCAGUCAAGGACCUGCUCCUGCACGGCUCCAUUUGAAUUAAUGAGGCUUGACCAGAGCAUUGCUUGAUAGAUUAUACCCCAACACCCUCAUUGCUUGGGAGUUACUUCCAUUGGUUUGAAUGGAUAGCACUGGGCACCAUCCACCUCCCUAAGUUUCUACUGGUUUUUAAUGGGCGCAGUCAAGCCAAAGUUGAGCAUUUUUAAGCCCCUCUGGAAUCAAUGGAACUUAAGAGGACUUAGCUUUGACUGGAUCACGGCCAGGAUGUGCAAAUAUUUAGGACUGGGGUGGAAGGAAGCUAAUGUUUUCAUCUAAAAGGUAAAUCAUGCAAUAACUGGGCCGAUGUCAUAUCCCAGGUGAAAUUAGGUAUGUAUGGGGAAAACAUUUUUAAAGAUGUAGAUUCUUAGGAACUAUGGAAAAUGUUUAACCUUAUUUAAACUUUGUUGCUGGUGCGUUUCUGUUGUAUAAAAGAAACAGCAAUGUUUUCCUAAAGAGAACCACCUACUAGAUGUAUAUAUGCCCCCAUUAGUUGUCAUAUCAGGGGAUAGUAGUAGCUGAGAUGUGUUAGGCCAUAAUAUUAUUGUUGUGUUUUUUAGAAUUUGAUUUGUGUAGAUUGUAUACAUUACUGUUAGACCGCGGGAGGAGGGAGGAACUAAAUGUAAUAGUUUUCCAGCAAGAUAACUGUUCAGUUCUCGGUAUAUGAACUGUUUGCUUUCUUUAUAUGCAAAGAUUUACCAUGCUAAAGAGCUGUCUUGUACUUACUUCCAUUUGUAAUGUAUCCUAUUUAUAUAAUUAUCAAAGUUCUAAAUAAUGUUUAUUGGUAUUUUAGUGUACUUGUGAGCCAAAGAGAAGAUUAAAAAUUAGUCAACACAUUUAUAUAAUAGUGCCCUUAAAACAAUAACUUAAUAGAUGGUUUUACUGUCUAUAAGGAAUCCCAACACUGUAUAUAGACUUUAGCCUAAUGAAAUACUUUCAUUUUAAUAGAAAUGUCACCUUUACUAAUUGUACUGUCGUCUGGCUGUACGUUCUGUGUUCUGGGUGCUUUUUAAGUGAAUCAUAAAUGCUUACAUUAGGCCGCUGCAUACUCCUGGUAGUUUAGGGCCAAACUCUGUAAUUUAUUUAGAUAAAUUAUGUGGCAAGAUACCC